UUUAAAAAGAAAAAGAAAGAUGGAGGUGUGUCACUUUCACGCCACUGCGAAACUGUGAAUGAACGUGUCUGGGGGAAGAAAGCGUUUGGGAAUAUCAAGCCGGGCAUCCUCAGGACUUUCAACAAACAAUGAAAAGUUAUGUUUUUUAACUUAAAAAGCGAGUUUGGUUGGCUAACAGUAUCAACUGCAGCGUCGCUAAUGUAAGCUAGCAGUGAUGGAGAAAGGAGAAAGGAGACUUGUGUUGACCAGCAAACUAAAGGACCCUUACAGUAGCAAGUGCACGGGACAUUACAGGACAAGGAAACUUCGUCUGGCGUUUAAUGAAAGAAAGAAGAAGGCGUCAAAAACGUUUCCUGGUCAGGAGCAGUACUGCGCUGUCUGUAAGAACAGCUGUAUGAUGCCUGCUGUGUUUCUGGAGGGAGCUGAGAGAACAAUGAUGAGAGAGGUAGCUUUUCUCCUGGAAACACACAUGUGAAAUGCUGGCUGCUUUCCUUUCUCCUGCUGUAAACCCCACCCACCUGGCACUCCAAGCUGAGUCACUGUGCUGCUGGUCUUCAGUACACCUGGCUAAAGAUGCAAUGAGCAGUAAUCCACCUGGACUGAACACCGAACCAAACACCUGCCACAGUAAGAGGAGGUCCAGGCUCUCUGCAGUAAUAAUACAUGAAGGGCUCCUCUCCCUCAUCCAUUAAUCAAGAGGGAGGCUGAGUCCCAAGGCCAGCUUAUCGGAUACAUCAGAUCAACAGCAGCAGCAGCAGAUGGAGUAAAGGAGAGCUGGGGUUUCAAAGGCGGGGGCGUGGCCAGGGCGGGGCUUUGGCUUUGACGUAAUCUUAUCAGGAAGCAAAGCUCACACGACGUUUGAAGGAGAGCGGAGAAACGAGGUGAAUACGCAACUAUAAACAAUUCAUAAAUUUAGCUAUUUGUUGGCACAUUAUGCCUGAUGACAUGUCGAGGCCGUUGAUCCGAGACCGACAAGGAAGAGUCCCCAGACGUCUUGAGGCCUCCGUGUCUGACCCUGGCGUUCCAGUCGUUGGCAUUCUGGGAACAGGCGACUUCUCCCGCUCGCUGGCAAUAAGGCUGCUGGCCUCUGGCUACCAAGUGGUGGUGGGGAGUCGAACCCCCAAACGCUUUGCAGCUCUGUUCCCCGAAGAGGCCGAGGUGACAUCCCAGAUAGAGGCAGCCAAUCAGGCGGACCUGGUUUUUGUCGCUGUGUUCCCUGAGCACCACUCCACACUGCUGGAACUGAAGCCUGCACUAGCUGGAAAGACACUGGUGGAUGUUAGCAAUGGUUUGAAAAUCAACCCGGAGGGGCCUUCUAAUGCGGAACGACUGGCCGACCUGUUUCCAGAGAGUUCUGUAGUCAAAGCGUUUAACACCGUAUCUGCCUGGAUGCUGCAGACGGGACCUCGGGAUGGAAGCAGGCAGGUUUUCCUGUGCGGUGACGGUAGCAAGGCCAAGAGCUUGGUGAUGCAGCUCUGUCGUAGAAUGGGCUUUGUACCCGUCGAUAUGGGCCCCCUCUCCUCCUCUCUGGAGAUCGAAAACCUCCCCCUCAGGCUUUUUCCCUCCUGGCGCAUCCCAGUCCUGUGUACCCUGUUGCUGUUCAUCUUCUUCUACCUGUACAACUUCAUCCGCGAUGUCCUGCAUCCCUACUUGACAACGAGGAAGAGCGCUUUCUACAAAAUACCCAUUGAGACUGUUAAUGUCACUCUUCCCUCCGUGGCCUUGGUGAUGUUAUCGCUGGUCUACCUGCCUGGUUUGUGCGCCGCUUUCCUCCAGCUGUGGUCGGGCACCAAGUACAACCGCUUCCCUAACUGGCUGGACCGGUGGCUCAUCAGGAGGAAGCAGUUUGGGCUGUGUAGCUUCCUGUGUGCGGUUCUACAUGCAAUCUACAGUCUGUGUCUUCCCUUGAGGAAAUCUUUUCGCUACAAACUGAUCAAUUUUGCUUACAAACAGGUGAAGACAGGGGUGGAGGACUCGUGGGUGGAUGAGGAGGUGUGGAGGAUGGAGCUGUACCUCUCAGUGGGCAUCAUGGCUCUCGGGCUGCUCUCUCUGCUGGCCGUCACCUCGCUGCCCUCAGUGGCCAACACUGUCAACUGGAGGGAGUUCAGCUUCAUACAGUCCACACUAGGUUACUGCGCCUUGUCCAUGGCCACCCUCCACACGCUCCUCUACGGCUGGGGCCGUGCCUUUGAUCCAGCCCAGUACCAUUUCUUCCUGCCUCCCACCUUCACACUGGUCCUGAUCCUUCCCCUCGCGGUCCUGUCGGGCCGCCUGGCUCUCUUCGUGCCCUGCGUGGCCAGACGUCUCAGACAGAUCCGCCGUGGCUGGGAGAAGAGCCGACACAUCCGCUUCACCCUGCCGGACAACGGCUGCCACAACGGGCCGGAAGAUGUCAGUCACGUAUGAGAAACCCACCGUCUCACGUGUUUGUGAAGAUCCCCGUGGUUCAUCUCUAAGCCUGUUCAUCUAGCCGGUAGUUCCUUAGAGGUGUUGACCAGUGGUAGGUCAUCAGUUAAACUACGCACUGUCAGUCAUGAGUUCAUUUAGUUGGUCUUUUUGCUUUCUACUUAAAUAUAUUGUAUAUAUUAUAUUAUACAAUAUAUAUUAUUAUAUUGUUUCUCUGUUUGAAGCUUCAACCCAGAAUUUCUGGUUUAAUUUAUGCAAAAUAGGCACCGUUACACAAGUUGACCUGCUGAACGCUAUAACUGAAGCAGUAUAGCUAAACUUUGUAUCUGUUAAAAUAGAUUACUUCUCUCUGAUCAGUCACUGGAAGUAGACUUGGCAUCUUAUUGGCUCGUGCAUUCCUUUUUUCUGCUUGCACUUCAGGACCGCUGCACAGUGCAUCGUCCGUCAGACUGCAGCAAAGCCUGUGAUCAUGUUUUGUCCGCAUGUGAAAGUUAAAGCGGACAUAGUUUCAGAGUAUACCUGUUACAUGGUUUUAAAAGUAAUGUGGUGGCAGUGUUUUAUUUUGUUUUGACAUUGUAUUUCACAAUACUUUAUUCACCUUCAUUCAGUCUGUUAGGGACUGUAUGACAAUAAUUUAUGCCAUGUGGGUUUUUUUUUGACGCAGCUGCUUUGAGCUUAUUAUUUAGAUAAUACAUCUCAUACAUGAAGGCUGACUUAAAAUUUUAAAAGAACCUCAUCAAAACCUCAACAAAGAUAAAAAUUUCUGCUCCUUCCUGCUGGUAAAACUGUUACAGUCCUUUACACAGAAGUCCUUUGUAAGCUCUUACAUGCCACAGGCUCCUGCUGCAUUAGCGGCCGUACUUGACUACUAUGUGUUGGUCUGUUUGUGUAAGACAGAUUUUAAGAAAACUACCAGUGGCGUUUUUUUUUUGUACAUUUCUUUUGUAUUAAACUGAUGUGAGAAGUGUCAGUCAGUAUAGAUUUGAUUUAAAAAAACAAAUAUCAGCAGCCUUUAACAAAACUUUGUGUUGCUAACACAGCACAGCAAUUUUUUUUUGUUGUGAGUUUCUAUUUUUUGUUUCAUGUGUUUUUGCCAACGAUUAUUCUGUUAUGCGAUAGUUGUUUUCUGAAUGUAAAUUAAAAUGUCCCAGUACUUAAAGACUCUGAGCACAAUAUUUUGAUUUCAGAUUGAGUUUUGAAUGAAAGGCUGAAAUAAAACACAACUGUCCUCAUAUGAAGAUUAGACUAAGGUCCUUCAUUACGAAUAAAAUCUACUCUCAGUUUAACCCAAAGUGUGCGACUGCAACGAUCCUGUCAGAUCAUGUGUGAAUGCUGCCAUCUUGUGGAGGAAGAUCAUUUCUUUCCUUCUUCCCCCACCAAGUUUCUCAUGGUAUGAAAAUAUACUUUGGAAGAUACCAGA